GAGCACACAGCUACUACUCUAACAGACUGAAACGCCAUCUUGAACAGAUAUGGGGGUUUAAACCUAAACCGGGAGAAAACAGUAAAGAGGACAUAAACUGUUAUUUUCGCUUCUGUUGUAAAUACCCUCGGGUCUCCCCGGAAUAGAUAUAGUCGUCGUUUUGGGCGUUUAUAUCUUAAAAUAAAGGCGCAUACGUGAGGAAAUCUGUGAGGCACUUGUUAGCCUCUACCCUGCUAGCAAGGGGGAGGGGCGGGGGUUUGGACGAUUUUUUUUUUCCGCAGCCGAAGUUGUUUGUUUAUGUUAUUCGAAACGGACAUGUCCUCUUCAAACCAAGAGUUGCCAGACCCUAAUCUGGGUAUGGGGGCAAGUGGGACCCAAGGAAGUGGCGGGGCUGUUGUACCAAAAGGGACCAACAAAAGAAGAGCUGCGCCAGACUUUGAUGACGAUGAUGAUGAUGAUGGAAACAAAUUGUUCAGGUGUGACGAUGAAUCAGGAGGCGGAAAUGACAAAGAGCGUUUUGCCAGGGAGAACCACAGUGAGAUUGAGAGGCGGCGGAGGAACAAGAUGACUGCUUACAUCACUGAAUUGUCAGACAUGGUGCCCACCUGCAGUGCACUAGCACGGAAACCAGACAAACUAACCAUCCUCCGAAUGGCCGUGUCUCAUAUGAAGUCUCUGAGAGGAAGUGGCAACACCAACUCGGAUGGAUCGUACAAACCUUCCUUUCUCACUGACCAGGAACUGAAGCACCUCAUCCUGGAGGCAGCCGACGGCUUCCUGUUCGUGGUGUCAUGUGAGACCGGCCGCAUUGUUUACGUCUCUGACUCCCUGACACCUGUCCUCAACCAUGCUCAGUCUGAGUGGCUGGGGUCCUCCCUGUACGACCAGCUGCACCCUGACGACACAGAGAAGCUCAGAGAGCAGCUCUCUACUGCAGAGAAUAACAACACAGGGCGGAUGUUGGACUUGAAGACAGGAACAGUGAAGAAGGAAGGCCAGCCGUCGUCCGCCAGAAUGAGUAUGGGAGCCCGACGAUCAUUCAUCUGCAGAAUGAGGUGUGGCUCUUAUCCUGUGGAACCGUUGUCCAUGAACAGACUGAACUUCCUGAGGAAUAGAAACAGGAAUGGUUUGGCUACAGCCAAGGAAGGGGAGCCCCAGUAUGUAGUGGUCCACUGUACAGGGUACAUCAAGUCCUGGCCUCCUUCAGGAGUUUCCCUAGCUGACGAUGACUCGGACAACACUCAGGGGAGUCGCUACUGUCUGGUUGCCAUUGGGAGAUUACAGGUAUGAGGGAUGCCUCGUGGGACAAAGACGGAAAC